CCGGCAUGGCCUCCGCGCGGCCGCCGCCGGGCCGGGCCCGCGCCUCUCCGCCGCCCGCCUGCCCGGAGCCCGAGGCCGAGCCCGAGAACGAGGAGCGCUCGCUGCGGCUCAUGCUGCGCGCCAUAGCCGAGGAGCGCGCGCGCCUGCCCCGCGGCCUGGGCUGCUUCAAGGAUGACCGCAUCGUCUUCUGGACCUGGAUGUUCUCCACCUACUUCAUGGAGAAGUGGGCGCCCCGGCAGGACGACAUGCUCUUCUACGUGCGCAAGAAGCCGGGCUACUCGGGCAGUGAGGGCGGCAGCAGCAGCAGCAGCAGCAGCGAGGGGAGGAAGUCUGCCGAUGCUGAGCCCGAGGUGGAGGUGGAGGUUUACAGGCGGGACUCCAAGAAGCUGCCCGGCCUGGGCGAGCCCGACAUCGACUGGGAGGAGAGCGUGUGCCUCAACCUCGUGCUGCAGAAGCUGGACUACAUGGUGACCUGUGCCGUAUGCACCCGAACGGACAGCGGUGACAUCCACAUCCAUAAGAAGAAAUCGCAGCAAGUGUUUGCCUCGCCCAGCAAGCACCCCAUGGAUAGCAAAGGGGAGGAGUCCAAGAUCAGCUACCCCAACAUCUUCUUCAUGAUCGACAGCUUCGAGGAGGUGUUCAGCGACAUGACCGUGGGCGAAGGGGAGAUGGUAUGCGUGGAGCUGGUGGCCAGUGACAAGAGCAACACGUCCCAGGGCGUCAUCUUCCAGGGGUCCAUCCGCUACGAGGCGCUCAAGAAGGUGUAUGACAACCGCGUGAGCGUGGCGGCCCGCAUGGCACAGAAGAUGUCCUUCGGCUUCUACAAGUACAGCACCAUGGAGUUCGUGCGCAUGAAGGGGCCGCAAGGCAAGGGCCACGCCGAGAUGGCCGUCAGCCGUGUGUCCACCGGCGACACGUCCCCGUGUGGCACCGAGGAGGACUCGAGCCCUGCCUCGCCCAUGCACGAGCGGGUGACCUCCUUCAGCACGCCCCCCACGCCCGAGCGCAGCACCCGGCCCACCUUCUUCUCCCCGUCCCUCAAGAGGAAAGUGCCCCGGAGCUACGUGGCCGAGAUGAAGAAGUCACACUCGGCCAACGACAGCGAGGAGCUCUUCCGAGAGGAUCAGGCCGCGGCUGACCUUCACAACGCCACCAACCUGCGCUCCCGCUCUCUGUCCGGCACGGGCCGCUCCCUGGUGGGCUCAUGGCUGAAGCUGAGCAGAGCCGAUGGCCACUUCCUCCUGUAUGCCCACCUGACUUACGUCACGCUGCCGCUGCCUCGGAUCCUCACAGACAUCUUGGAAGUCCGGCAGAAACCCAUCCUGAUGACCUAGCCCCACCCGCCCGCCGGCCCCGGGCGCCCUGCCAAGUGCCUACCCGUCCGUCCGUCCAUCCAUCUGUCCAUCUGUCUGUCCGUCCAUCCGCACCGGCCUCGCGACAACCCAGCGCUGGAGCCGGGGCCAGGGCCCACGCCACGAACACCAGCCCAAACUGAAGUGCCUCGUUCUCCUGCCGGCUCUGCCCCUACUACCCUCCCCCUGCGACCACCUGCUGUCCCCCAUCAGGCCCUUACAGAGAACCUCGGCAGCCCACCCAAGGGGAGCAGACACCCUGAGGCCAGGCCAGAGCACGGCCCAACACAGACAGACAGACAGACCGACCGACAGAACGAUGAAUGGCUGAGGGAGGCUCGGCCCAGACGCUCCAGCUCUUCUGGCCGCCGCAGGCUUGUGAGUGGGAUCUGGGGGUGACGGUUCUGCUCUGUCCCGGGCUGCCUCCCACCUCCCGACCACACAGGCAGGGUCUGGUCCCCCCCAGGAACUGCCUUCGCUUCCAGCCAAAGAGCACCCCAUGCCCCCUGCCAGCCUGGCUCUCCUCCUCGGUGACCACAUGGCCUGGACUCUGGGCCAGGCUGGGCACCAUCUGUUGGGGCUGGGUCUUCCCACCCCCGCCACAACCCUGGCCUGGAUCCCGGAGCGGACCGGACAUUCCCUCCUGCCUCUGGCCCGGGUGUGUGGGGCCCAUUUCUUGGUCCAGCCCGCAGAGGCAGAGGGACCCUG